AAAGAAGAACCUUUAAAGAGAGAGGAGCAACUACGUCAAUCCAUCCAACAUUUUUUUUUUUACAUAAUUUUUUCGUUUCCCAAGGAGGCGGAGUAAGGGGACGACACUAAUAAAAUAAAUACUCAUGAAUAUUUGGCCAAGAGGGUGAAUUUGUCCCGAGGAAAAGGCACCCGGUCACGCGUGGCUGGCACCGAGUACCAUGUUUAAUCCCCGCGUGCCCCUGAGAAAUUUUCAGCAGUGAGGAGAAUUUUUAUCCCGCACAAGCCAUGGCCAAGCUGGUCGACAAAGUAGCUAUUCUCGACGCCGGCUCGCCGUAUGCCAAGAAACUCGACAGGGCUUGCCGCGCCAGCAACGUCGAAUCCCAAGUCAUCGCCCUCGAAACACCGGCCCACACCAUCAAGAGCAAGGGCUACAAAGCAUUGUUGGUUUCCGGAGGCGCCGGAAGCAUCAACACGUUCGACUCUCCUUGGUACGACCCCGGCAUUUUUUCGCUCGGCGUCCCCGUUCUAGGGCUCAACUAUGGCAUGUCAAUGCUGAUAAAAACGUACAACGGGUCUGUGCGAACAGCUGGUGGGCGACAGACGGGUGUAAUCGACGCCGUGUUGGACGACAGCCUCGAACUAUUCAAGGGAUGCAAAUCAAAAGAACUGGCGCUGGUGACGCACGGCGACACUGUCGAGAAACUCGUCGGCCUCAAAGCCAUCGCUCACUGGCGCAAACGCGUCAUCGGCGUCGCCGACGUGUCCAAGAACCUCUACGGACUCCACUUCCACCCCGAAGUCAUCGUGACGCCCAAGGGCCAAAAGAUGCUCGACAACUUUUUCAAGAUGGCCAAAUUGAAGACGACCUUCAACAUUGCCAAGCGCGAGGAGAAGGCCAUGGACCGGAUCCGGAAGCAGUGCAGCGGACGACCGGUGCUCAUGCUUUGCAGCGGCGGUCUCGACUCCACCGUGGCCGCCAUGAUCCUCAAGAAGUGCAUCGGGGCGCAGGAAAUGUACUGCCUUCUCGUGGAGACCGGGUUCGAGAAAAAGGGCGGCUUUGAGAAGGCGAAAGAUGUUCUGGAGAAAAUCGGGGUCGGCUACAGCAUUCAAAACGCCUUCACGCGAUUUUACAGUGCCCAGACGACGAUCCCGAACCGAGCGAACCCCGCCGAGCGGCGGCGAGAGACCAAGUGGAUGGUGGACCAGACGGAACCCGAGGACAAGCGGGUCAUUUGCCGCGACGUGUUGUUCCACAUUGCCGAGGAAUUCCUGAUUGAGAAGUUCGGCGGGUCGAACGACGCGUGCAUCGGGCUCGGGUCACUCAGGUCGGACAUUCUGGACAUGGGCGGGCACUUGGCGGCCCACGCGGCCCGGGUGAGCAAGUCCCACUCCAACAACGUGGACGUUCAGCGAAAGUACCGACACGAGGACCGCAUCAUUGAGCCCGUGGGCGAGUUCCACAAGAAGGAAGUCGUGCAGGUCGGGAAAGACAUCGGGCUGUCUAAUGAGCAAAUGACUGAGCACCCUUUCCCGAGCGAGAUCGGGAUCGCGUUGCGACUGGUGUCCAUGCACCUUGUGCACGUGGGUCGGCACUUUGCCGAAACCCAGGUUCUGUGCAAAUGUGUCACCGAGUUUGACAAGGUCAAGUCAGACCACGCCCUCAUGAGCCUCAUCCUCGGAGCCACGGAUGAGGAGGACAGGAAGGAGAUGAAGACCGUGGCUGCCAGAAGCAAAUUUGUGGCAACUGUUAUGCCACUCGAAGUUGUUGGCAUGCACGGUCCCAAAAAGACCUAUUAUUAUGCUUGCGCCUUGUCGGACAACAAGGACUUGUCGCCCAAAUGGGAGGACGUCUUUUUCAUGGCCAGAAUGAUUUGCCGCGUGUGCCACGACGUGAAUCGAGUGGCGUACGCAUUUGGCGGCAAAGUUCCACACAUCAUCCGAGACAUAACGCCCACUUACAUGACGCGUCAUAACUAUGACAUGGUUCGCGCCGCCGAUUAUUUGGCUCACGAUGUGCUGAGACAGAAAGGAGUUUACAACAAGGUGGACCAAAUGCCGGUGGUUUUGAUCCCGAUCCACUUUGAUCGCGGGCUGUUGAGCGGGGAGCCGUCAGUUCGCCGGUCAAUCGUUCUCCGGCCGUUCAUUUCGCCCACCCUCAUGUCAGGUCAUGCCGCCAUGCCGGGGAAAGAUAUACCCAAUGACGCGAUGAAGGAAAUCGUGACAACGCUGAAGAAGCUGCCUGGCAUCUCCAGGAUCCUGAUCGACGUGACGCACAAGCCCCCAGCACACGUCGAGUGGCAGUGAGCAGAGGCGCCGAGAUUCUCCGACGUGAAUCAUUCAUCAAAUUCCACGCUGUUCUUAAUCCCUGUUUUAUUUCUUUUUUCCUUUCGUCCUUAAGUCACUCGAUAUGCAAGCAUAUAUAUUUUGUUUUUUGUUUGUUUUUUUUUUCAA